UACACGGUCUGGUAAUCGAGGUGUUUCGGUCAUUCGUUUGUUGCUUGAUUUCUGUAGGAGAUGGUUCUCAGUGGGCAAGAUCCUCGUCGUGCUGAUAAAGUAACUCGAUAUAAGCCUCCUAAAGAGAAGGCGGCCGGGGAGGACCCCAUACCGGAGUACAUGAAUUUGCUGGCCAUGCUGUUCAGUAUCUGUGGUCUCAUGAUGAAAAUGAAGUGGGCCGCUUGGGCAGCUGUCUACUGCUCUUUCAUCAGCUAUGCAAAUUCUAGGGGCAUGGACGAUGCAAAACAGCUUUUCAGCAGUUUCAUGCUGGCGGCGUCGGCUGUCAUCAUGUCAUACUUACAAAAUCCAGGACCAAUGCAGAUGCCAUGGUAGCUCGGUCAUGUUCACACACAUUUCUGUAAUAUUAUAUGAUUUACAGUUGAGUAAUGUAGAUAUACAGUUUUAUGAUUUGUGAACUACUUUGACUUGUAUUAGUUACACUACUUGGCAAUGCCAUGGAUCAUAACGCAACCUUC